AUUUUUAUCGUCGCUGGUCAUCUCGUUGGUUUCGUUGAUCGACCAACAUAAUUUAUUGUUUUGUAAUUAAUUUAAUUUAGGGCAUCAUUUUUAAUAUUUCAUAUUCUAUUUCCGUUAUGAAAUCUUCUGCAAAAAGUAUACAUGUAGAAUAUCGUAGUGUCAUGGUUUUUUAGUUUUGAUUGAAAAGCAAUAACAGUGUUAUUUUCUCUCAUAAUUAUGGUUAACUGACGUUAGACAGUGCAUCCUCAAUUAUGGCAGACCCAGGUUAUUACCACAGUGAUUAUAUUCGUCAUCCCGUCCUUUACGAACUGGGUGUCAAGUAUGGUAUUAAAACGGAAUGUAUUCCAGAAAUAGCAUUGCCGUCUAAGUUGGAAGAGCUCAAGGAUGUUAUACGUAGAGAGAUACGUAAAGAGUUGAAAAUAAAGGAAGGCGCGGAGAAAUUGCGUGAAGUAGCUACUGAUCGAAGAUCGCUUGUACAUGUUGGAAACCUUGUCAAGAAAGCUAAUAUUAAAUUGAAUGAAUUAAAGUCUGACUUGCAAGAGUUAGAAUCCCAAUUACUGUUAUCACGCGGUCAGUCAACCCCUACAUCGCCAGAAGACUUAUCUUAUGAUGAAGAGAUCAUCUUGGCUUCGGAGGCAGCGCAGCAACAACGCCAACUCGGUGAAGGCACCACAGAUCGUAAACUUGCUUCGCUUGAAAAACAAUUGAACAUUGAACUAAAAGUAAAGCAAGGUGCCGAAAAUAUGAUACAAAGCAUUACCAGUAGCAACCAGUCAAGAGAUAAAAAGUUACUUGCUGAAGCUCAUCAAAUGCUUGCAGAUUCGAAAGCUAAAAUUGAGUAUUUAAAGCUAAGGAUAUCGAAAAUCUAUAAACAGCAGAAAGGUGACAAUGCUGGAGCUAAUGGAGAUGGAAGAAAUAUGGAUAUGAGUGGAAUUCACCCUCUACUUGAUGAACGUAUUGCUGAGUUAAGGAAUCGUCUACAUAUAGAAGCAGCUGUUGUUGAAGGAUCUAAAAAUGCCAUACGUCUGUUACAAAGUGAUAAAAAAGUUACAGACAAAAAAGCUUUGCAAGAAGCACAAACAAACUUGUUAGAGUCGACUCAAAAAUUGGACUUGCUGCGUAGGUCUCUAGAUAUGCGGCGUCAAGAAUUGCCUGCAGAAAGUGCUGCUUUUAUAGAACUUGGACAUGAGUUACGCAGUACUGGGUCUAGCCCUGGUUAUGUUAGUUUAUCUGGAGCAACAAAUGCAAGACCUCCUUUCAUAUCUCCCGCGCCCUUAAUAAGUCCUUGUGUACAGGUAACUGGAGCAUUAGAAGUUAGACUCAUGGGCUGCCAGGAUCUACUAGAAGAUGUUCCAGGACGUAGUCGCCGAGACCCUUUAGCCAGUCCUUCAGACCUUAAAUCAUUUGUCAAAGGAGUUGCUAUACGAAACUCCAUGAAAUAUACAUACAGCAUCAAGGAAGACACUAGUAAUGAAAUCAUGGCUGUAAUGAAAUUGGACAAUCAUACAGUUGCUCAAACUAGUUGGAGGCCAUGUUCACAGCAGGCAUGGGACCAGAGAUUCACAAUUAAGCUGGAUAAAUCGAGAGAACUUGAAAUUGGAAUACAUUGGAAAGACUGGCGAGGCCUAUGUGCUGUCAAGUUUUUGAGACUAGAAGAGUUCAUUGAUGAUAUUCGACAUGGAAUGGCUUUGGAGUUAGAGCCCCAGGGAUUGUUAUUUGCAGAGAUUAAGUUUUUAAAUCCUAUUGUAUCAAGAAAACCUAAACUCCAACGCCAGAGAAAAAUUUUCAAACAACAAGGCAAAAACAUCCCCCGACCAUCCUAUGGAGAAAUGCAUAUACCUGCUGUUGUUUUAGGCAGAUUAUUAAAAAGGUCCUCACCAUCUGUUCAAAAUAUUCAAAAUGCUCUAAGUCAGAACCAGCACCAUAACUUUGAAACACACCAUGAUAAUAAAGAUAUUGAAAAUACCAAUGCCACUUUUACGGGCAUGGCUGGUGUUAGACCAUUGGGUCUACCAACUGUACCACAUGUGCCUAUUUCACCUCCACCACCACCAAAGCCUACUCUGCCAGUACAACCACCUCCAAAUGUCUCUACACUUAGAAUGGAAAAGGAGUUACAAGAAGCUUUCGCCUUUUUGGAAGAUUCAUACACUAGAGAUACACAAUCUUCUGCUUGCAAUACUCCUUUGGUAGAAUAUCCUCCAUCUCCAUCUCCUAAAUUACUUCUUGAAUACCCAAGUAGUGAAGAUCAAAUUGUGGAAAUAACAAGUAAUAUGCGCCUGUCUUCAUCGAGGUCAUCAUCUGUCAUAGAAACUAUGAGUAAGGAACCAGAUUCUAGGAGGCAAUCAGGUGAAAUGUCAAUGAAUAGUUUUAGACUACUGAGUGUCUUAGGAAGAGGUCAUUUUGGAAAAGUAAUAUUAGCUCAAUACAAACCAACAAAUGAAUAUUUUGCCAUUAAAGCUUUAAAAAAAGGUGAUAUUAUUGCUAGAGAUGAGGUUGAUUCUCUCUUGUCUGAAAAACGCAUUUUUGAAGUUGCAAAUGCCAUUAGGCACCCGUUUUUGGUAAACCUAUUUGCAUGCUUUCAAACUGAUCAACAUGUGUGUUUUGUGAUGGAAUAUGCUGCUGGUGGUGACCUUAUGAUGCAUAUACACGCUGAUGUGUUCACAGAGCCCAGGGCAGUAUUUUAUGCAGCUUGUGUAGUAUUAGGCCUACAGUAUUUACAUGAAAAUAACAUAAUUUAUAGAGAUUUAAAGUUGGACAAUCUGCUUCUUGACACAGAGGGGUAUGUGAAGAUAGCAGAUUUUGGUUUAUGCAAGGAGGGCAUGGGUUGGGGUGAUCGUACUGGCACAUUCUGUGGCACCCCAGAGUUUCUGGCUCCUGAAGUUUUAACUGAGACAUCAUACACAAGAGCAGUGGAUUGGUGGGGCCUUGGUGUGUUAAUAUUUGAGAUGUUGGUUGGAGAAUCACCAUUCCCUGGAGAAGAUGAAGGAGAAGUAUUUGAUUCUAUUGUAAAUGAUGAAGUUAGAUAUCCUAGAACAUUAUCUUUGGAAUCAAUUGCACUGAUGCGCCGAUUAUUAAGAAAGAAUCCUGAAAGACGUCUAGGUUCCUCAGAAAGAGAUGCUGAAGAUGUUAAGAAGCAGGCUUUCUUCAGAAAUGUUGACUGGGAACAGUUACUUUUGAGAAAAGUAAAACCACCAUUUGUGCCAACUAUCAAUAAUCUAGAAGAUGUCAGUAAUUUUGAUAGUGAGUUUACCUCUGAAGCAGCUGUUCUCACUCCUCCCAAAGAGCCAAGACCUCUGAGUACAACUGACCAUAAACUUUUUUCUGAUUUUACAUAUAUGGCAGACUGGUGCUAGGCAGCUUAUUGAUAAAGCAAGUUGAUAGAUUAAUAAUUCUUUAUGAAAUACAAUAAACCCCAUUGCCUUAACUAAUAUGAGUGAAACUGUAUUUUGAUAUAUCUCUAAUCUAUUCUUAAAAGUAUCUUUGGAGAUACUCAUGUUGACUUGUAUUUAAUGCAGUUAAAUGCAAUAUUUUAUGAAAUGUGUAGGUUAAAUAAGUUUUUAAUAGUAAAAACCUUUAUUUUUUUAAAAGCAUCAUACAUAUAAUGUAGUUAUAUUUGAUUAACCUGAAUAUAUUUCUUAA